AUGCAAUUGGAGUUUCAUAAUAUAACCAAUUUAAUUGUUCAUGCUUCAAUAUCAAUAAUAAUUUAUUAUAUGGUUUUUUUUUUGGAUAAUUCAAAUACAUCAUCGACAACAACAGGAACUAGUACCGGAGGUCAAGUGUCUAGUGGAAGAUUAAAAAAUACAAAUUAUGAAUACAGUUCACCCAAACAUCACACAAUCUCACCAUCAUCAACAACGCCACCACCUCAACCACCUCAACCACAACAAUCCUAUUCACCUCAUUCACCAAUAAAACCACAACAAGUAUCACCUUAUCAACCACCUAUACCAAAAAAACAACAACAACAACAACAACCGCUGCAAAUCUCAAACUCAAAUUUAACAAACAAUCAUAAUGAUUACAAAAAAAAGAAACCAACUCAUAACGCCAAUGGUAUCAAUAUUAACAGCAACUUAAAUGGUAACACUAAUACCAAUAAAAACAAAAAAUUAAACAAAUCUCAAUUCAUUCAACCACCACAACAACAACAACAACAGCAAACUCAACAACAACAACAACAACAACAACAACAACAGCAACAGCAGCAAACUCAACAACAGCAAACUCAACAAAUUCAACAACAGCAGCAACAGCAGCAACAACAGCAACAACAACAACAACAACAACAACAACAGCAACAACAACAACAAAUUCAACAACAAAUACAGCAACAACAACAACAACAACAACAACAACAGCAACAACAACAACAACAACAACAACAACAACAACAACAACAACAACAACAACAACAACAACAACAACAACAACAACAACAACAGCAAGCUCAACAAAUUCAUCAAUUACAAUCAUUACAAUUACAACAACAAAUUCAUCAAAGACAACAACAAAAUUUAAUGAAUUAUAGGAAUAAUAUUAUCGAUAAUGAUAGUGAAAAUCUUAUAGCAUUAGCAUCAAAGAGUGAAAAAGAUAGAGAGAUCGAAGAGAUGAUGCAAAGUGUAUUCAUUGAUGAUGUUAUUGAAUGGACCUCUAGAACACUAUUACUUCAUAACAUUAUGCCAGGUAUGAAUGAUACUUAUAUUAAAAAUUUAUUUGGCCCUUAUCAUUUCACUUUAAAACCAACAGGUAAAUCAAAUCAACUCUAUAUCUUAUUUCAAACUACAAAAGAUGCAAAAUCUUGUUUCUAUUCUCAAUUAAAAGGUGUUAGAAAAAUUGAUAAUGGUGGACAAGCUUGUAUAAAGAUUUACUUUAAUGGAGAAUAUAAAACUGUUAUAAGAUGUACGAAUCCUGAUCCAUUCCCAUUACAAUCAAUGAGUGAUUGUAUAAGUAAUAGUAUUAAUGUAUCAUCAUCCAAUUCCAAUUCAAAUUCAACACCAUCAUCUUCUUCUUCUUCACAAUUAUCAUCAUCUUCAUCAUUGUUUAUACCAAGUAGUAUGAGUGGUAGUAAUGGUAUUAGUAAUAAUACACCAUUAUCAUCAUUGGUAUCAUCACCAUUUUCAACAAUUAACAAUAAUAAUAACAAUGGUAAUAAUAAUAAUAAUAGUAGCAAUAAUGGUAGCAAUAAUAACAGUAGUAAUAAUAAUAAUAAUAAUAAUAAUAAUAAUAAUAAUAAUAAUAAUAAUAAUAAUAAUAAUAAUAAUAAUAAUAUAAAUAACAGUAUUAAUACAGGUAGUCCACUUUAUGGCGAUCACUUAAGUGGUUAUCAAUCAUUUCAACCAAAUUAUUUAUUUUCAUCAGAUUCUCAAGGUUACUUUCAAUCACAUCAACAACAUGUUGAUUUAAGUGGAAGUGGUGGUAUUGUUGGUCAUCAUGUUGAAUAUUAUCCACAAAAUUCAGCUUCACCACGUCAUUCUUCACCUUUAAUUUAUCCACAAUCAAAUAAUCAUUAUUUAAUUGAUGGUGGUAUAAGUCCAAUUGAUUGGGGUACAAGUAGUCCAAAGGUUGUCCAUCAAUUCCAACAAUCACAAUUUCAAACAAUUCAACAAAUUCAACAACAACAGCAGCAACAACAACAACAACAACAACAACAUCAUCAUCAUCAAUCAAUACAUCAAUUCACUCAAAUUCAACAACAGCAACAACAAUCACAACAACAACAACAACAACCACAACAACAACAACAACAACAACAACCACAACAACAGCAACAACAACAACCACAACAAUCACAACAACAACAACAACAAACUCAACAACAACAACAAGCACAACAACAAGCUCAAGCUCAAGCACAACAUCAUAAAAUUCAAUCGAAAAAACAUCAAUUAAUUGGAGAAUUAAUGAAAUUAAAAGAAGAGAAUCAAGUUAUUAUAUUUCCAGCUAAUCAAAUUAGUACACUUCCUAGAGUACCAACAUUUGUAUUUGAUAAGAUUCCUUCAAAAUUUUCACAUAGUCAACAUUUACAACAUAAAGAGAUUAAAUCGACAGUUUUAACAGGAUUUUUAAGAGAAUGUGAAGAUAAAAAGAAAACAGUUGGUUCCACAAAGACGGCACCAAAAGAAAAAGAUGAUUAUUUCCAUUCGAAUGGAAAUAAUCAUAAUAGUCAUAGUAGUCAUAAUAGUCAUCAUCACCAUCAUCAUCAUAAUCAUAACCACCAUCAUGCUAAUCAUAAUGAUCACCAUUUCAAUGAUCUCUAUGAUGAUGAAGAUGAUGAAAAUAAUAAUUAUCGUGUUUUCUAUUAUAAUUGCUACGAGAAAUCAACACCAACCGUUCAUUUAAUUAGUAAUCUUAGUAAUAGUCAUUUGGCCGAGAGAUGUGGUCGUUUAUCGAUUUUAUUAUUGACCGAGUUUGCACCAGACAAUACUUAUGCCAUUGGUACCAUUCAAUUCUUUUUUGGUACGCCAUUGGAUUUGUUAUCAAUUUCUCGUUGUAUCCUUUUGAAUCAUCAAGUAUUUCACACUGAACACUUUCAAAAAGAAAUCGAUGAAGUUUUCGAUGAUUGGUUACCAAGCGAUAGGGAAGAAGAGAGAAGAGUUGAUCUCACCCAUUUGGUUCCAGUCACCAUUGAUCCACCAUCAUCUACCGAUCUUGAUGAUGCAAUUAGUUUCCGUUGUUUGACCGAUGAAUUUGAUGAAGGAAUGAGCGUAUUCGAAAUUGGUAUUCACAUUUCAGAUGUUAGUGCUUUCCUUGAAAAAGGUUCGAAAUUGGAUAAAGAAGCAGAGUACCGUUUGAAUACCAUCUACUUGAUUGGUUCAAUCAUACCAAUGUUACCCAAGAAUUUAAGUAGUAGUACUUGUAGUUUGAAAUUGUAUCAAAAGAGGUUCUGUUUCUCAUUGUUGGUAAAGAUUAGAUCCGAUGGUAAAAUCAUUGAUUAUAAAUUCUGUAAAUCAAAUUUACGUUCAAAAGGUCAUUUAUCCUAUGAAAAGGCGCAAAGAAUCAUUGAAAAGAAUAAAUCCAAUUUCGAGCAAUUAGAAUCUUUCACAAAUAAUAAAAUGGUAGAAACUAUCGAUGGUUCCAAUGAAAUUCUUAAAAAUGUUUUGGAAAGUUUAGCAAAGGAACAACGUGAGAAAAUUGAAAAUAAUCCUGACCAUGAUUCUCCACCACCAUUAAAUCAAAUGAAUCCACAUAGUCAUGGCUCUGGUAGUGGUGGUUCAGGUACUAAAGGUCUAAGAUUAGGCUUGGAAGCAAAGGUAAAUCAUUCAGUUUGGGGACUUUAUCUAAUUAGUAGUCUUUUAAAUAACUAUAGAAAAGAAAGAAGAGAAAUCUUUGACAUUAGUAAUAAUAUUCAAUAUGAUCUUAGUGUUGAAGGUGUUCCAAUCUCUGUUGAUUUCUUACCAAAACUUGAGAGUCAUGUAUUGGUUCAAGAGUUUAUGCAUCUUGCAAAUAAUUUAGCAGCUGUCUCUUUAUUAAAUACAAAUUAUGAUUAUGGUAUAGUUUAUUCAUCCUAUAGUAAAACAAAUCCAAAUUUAAUUCAAACACCAAUACCACAAACUAUUGUUACUUCAACAAUUUUAAAUAAUUGUAACAACAACAACAACAACAACAACAACAACAACAACAACAACAACAACAACAACUCUACAUCAUCACCAUUACCAUCACCAACAACACCAAAAUCAACAACACCAACUCCAAUACCAACACCAUCUUCAACUCCAACACCAACUCCAAUAUCAACCUCAACAACAUCAUCAUCAAUUAUUAAUAAUAAUUUCGAUAAUAGAAAGAAAUUCUUUGAGAGAUUAAAUGUAUUUAUAAAGAAAUUUGUAAAUAAUAUUGUUGUCUCUUCAGAAGAUGAUUGGAGAACCAUUAAAACCAAAGUUGAAAAAGCUCUCAAAAAUUGUACACCUGAACAAGCCAAAGCAAUGAGAAGGUUAGCAAUGCAUCUUAUGGAUCCAACAAAAUAUAUUACAACCGUUGAAAAGAGACAAGGCUUUGGUAAUGAAAAUCUAUUGGAUGAGAGAUCUCAAUACACUCAUUUCACUGCACCAAUUAGAAGAUAUAUGGAUGUCAAUAUUCAUCGUGCUCUCUCACUUCAAUUGACUAAAGAGGUGGUUUGGAGUUCUGAUAUCACCAUUCAACCCUAUUGGGAUGAAUCAAGUCAAGAAUUUACUGAUUUUAAAAAAUCAUUACCCACUGGUGAUGAUUUGACUCAAUUGUGUCAAAGAUAUAACGAUAUCUCUUGGAAGAGAAAAAUAUCUGAAAAGUUAAAUCUCCUCUAUCUUGCAACCUACAUUUGGGAGAAAGGUCCAAUCUUAACACCUGGUAUCGUGGUUACAAUGUCUACCAAACAUUUGGUUAUCUAUCUCUCAGAGUAUAAUCUCGAAGUGUCAAGCGAUAGAAGUGAUUUCCUUUCACUCUCUCAACAUCACUCUUCUCCAAUCGACGAUGAUGAAGAAAUUGAAAUCUCUAAACAAUUAUCAGUUUUCCUUUCAGUUGAGCCAUUUGUUUUAUUUAGAAGUAAUUUGGUUCCAAAAAUUAAAGUUUCAAAGUAUCCACCUUUAAACUAA